UGCAUUCUCAUUUUGGCGCAAUUGGAGAAUUAUUGCAUUCAUUAGGAAUAGUCAUUUCCGAGUUGGACCAUGUCUAUUUGGAAAGCCAGUUCAACUUGGGUUUUUACUGUCAACACAAAACUUGUUAUCAGUCAUUGUCCAUCUUUAAGGGGAUUUGCUACGGAGGCACCUAAAAAGGAAACUUGGAGAGCUUCCAACGCUGAAAAGAGUUUUGGAGGUUUACAAGACAAAGACCGUAUAUUUACCAACUUGUAUGGAGAAUUGGAUUGGACAAUAAAGGGUGCAGAAAAGAGAGGAGACUGGUAUGCAACCAAGGAUUUGGUUCUCAAGGGAAGGGAUUGGCUGAUUAACGAAAUAAAGGCUUCAGGACUACGUGGGAGAGGUGGUGCAGGGUUUCCAUCGGGUUUGAAGUACUCGUUUAUGCCCAAAGUUUCAGAUGGAAGGCCCAACUAUUUGGUGGUAAACGCCGACGAAUCUGAACCAGGAACUUGUAAAGAUAGAGAAAUUAUGAGAAACGAUCCUCACAAGUUGGUGGAAGGUUGUUUAUUGGUUGGUAGAGCCAUGGGUGCUAGAGCAGCCUAUAUUUAUAUCCGAGGUGAAUACGUGCACGAAAGAAAGAGACUGGAACAUGCAGUCAGUGAAGCAUAUCAAAAAGGAUAUUUGGGUAAAAAUGCUUGUCUUACCGGAUAUGACUUUGAUGUCUAUGUCCAUUAUGGUGCUGGUGCUUAUAUUUGUGGUGAAGAAACCGCACUUUUGGAAUCUUUGGAAGGAAAGCAAGGAAAGCCAAGAUUGAAACCUCCUUUUCCAGCCAAUAUUGGCUUGUAUGGAUGUCCUUCUACAGUUACCAAUGUCGAAACUGUUUCCGUAGUUCCAACUAUAUUAAGAAGAGGUCCUUCUUGGUUCGCUUCUUUUGGCAGAAAGGGAAAUGCUGGAACCAAAUUGUUUUGUAUAAGUGGUCACGUAAAUAGUCCAACAACUGUGGAAGAAGAAAUGAGUAUUUCACUCAAAGAACUUAUUGAAAGACAUGCGGGAGGAGUUCGUGGUGGUUGGGAUAACUUGUUGGCAGUUAUUCCAGGAGGGUCUUCGGUACCAUUGAUCCCUAAAAGUAUUUGUGACGAUGUAAUGAUGGAUUUUGAUGCCUUGAAGGAAGUACAAUCUGGCUUAGGAACUGCUGCAGUUAUAGUAAUGGAUAAAAGCACAGAUAUUGUGCAUGCCAUUGCUAGGCUAUCCAAAUUCUAUAAGCAUGAGUCAUGUGGUCAGUGUACACCUUGUCGUGAAGGGACAGGCUGGUUGUGGAAUAUUAUGGAAAGAAUGAGACGAGGUGAAGCAGCUAAGGAAGAAAUUGAUAUGUUGAAUGAGGUAACACGACAAAUUGAAGGUCAUACUAUUUGUGCCUUGGGUGAUGCUGCAGCUUGGCCAGUUCAAGGACUCAUUCGUCACUUUCGAGGAGAGUUGGAACGUCGUAUUGACGUGUAUCAACAAAAACUAGCAAAACAGCAGCAAAAAACAAAACAGAAUGAAACUGUCUCUUCGGCCGCUUAUUAAAAGACUGUAAAGUUUGUGUUUGUUAUUUUUGCCUUUUUCAACUGUUGCAAUAAGGGUUCAUACUCUGUGG